CUUUCUUGCAUACACGCACGCCGGGCACACACUUUCUUCCUCUCUCUCGCUUGCACCCUGCCGGCAGUGCGACCUCGCAGGCGGCUGCUCGGUAGCCCCAGGACGGCGCGGGCGGCUGAGCCGAGCCCCCUUCCCUGCUCCACCGCCCCGCUGCUGCGCGAUCCACUCGGAGUCUGGGGACCUCUUUUCCGGAGGGGGUGUGGGGGGGCGGGGAGCCGGCGCGGAUCUCCCCCUCGGAUUGCCCAACAUUCCUGGGCAGGCGGCGGCCGCGUGCGGAGCUGCUGUGCCGCCGCGCGGGGGGCUAGGGCGAUUCCAGCAACUCCGUUCUGCUCCUGAUCGCUGUGCAAGGAAGAGGCAGCCGAGAGAGGCGGGCGCCGGGGCUGUUCCUUCGCCAGGAAGGCUUGGCGUGAUGUGGUAACGGGCGGGCAGAGCCAGGAGGAGGAGGAGGGCGAGCAGCGGCCCCCGGCAGCCCCCCAGCAGCCUCCCUCCCGCCGGAGCCCAGCUGCGCCUCCGCGCUCCAGCCGCGGCUGACUCCAUUCAUGGCUUCCUUGUACCAGAGGUUCGGCGGGAAGAUCAACACCUCGCGGUCCUUCCCUGCCGCUGCUCCCGAGGCCAGCCACCUUCUGGGCCCCCCGUGCGCCGAGGAGGAUGGGCCCGCCGCCGCCGCUGCGCACGCGGCGGGCGGCGGAGAAGGGAAGAGCCCGCCGGCGCGUCCAUUGCAAGCAGGCGGCAACCCCAGACCCCGCUUCCAGUACCAGGCGAGGAGGAGCGACUGCGAGGAGGAAGAUGAGCUGGUGGGGAGCAAUCCUCCGCAAAGGAACUGGAAAGGAAUUGCAAUUGCGUUACUUGUUAUUCUGGUUAUCUGCUCCCUGAUUGUCACUUCGGUUAUCUUGCUGACACCAGUUGAAGAUAAUAGCCAGUCUCAAAAGAAGAAGAUUACAGUAGAAGAUUUGUUCAGUGAAGAUUUCAAAAUUCACGACCCAGAGGCUAAAUGGAUAAGUGAUACGGAAUUCAUUUACAGACAUCGGAAUGGCUCAGUGAUACUGCAGAACGUCGAAACAAACAGCUCAACUGUGUUAAUAGAGAACAAAAUAAUUGUAUCCAUAAAGGCUGUUCGAUAUGAAGUAUCACCAGACAGAGAAUAUGCACUUUUUGCGUAUGACAUUGAGCCGAUGUAUCAGCAUUCGUAUACAGCGUAUUAUGUUCUCAGAAGACUGCCUUAUGGGGAGCCUCAGAAUUUGUGCCCUCCUGAGGUUGGCCACACAAAGCUCCAGUAUGCAGGAUGGGGGCCCAAAGGCCAGCAACUGAUAUUUAUCUUCGAGAACAACAUCUACUACUGUGCCCAUGUGGGGAAACAAGCCAUCCGUGUGGUUGCCACCGGAAAAGACAAAGUUAUUUUCAAUGGACUCAGCGACUGGCUGUAUGAAGAAGAGAUCCUAAAGACCCAUAUUGCACACUGGUGGUCUCCUGAUGGCACAAGGCUAGCAUAUGCAACGAUCAAUGAUUCCAGAGUCCCCGCUAUGGAGAUACCCACGUACACGGGCCCACUUUACCCUAUGGUGAAAACCUAUCAUUACCCAAAGGUUGGAAUGGAAAAUCCAAGCAUUUCCUUGCAUGUCAUUAGUUUGAAUGGCCCUGCCCAUGAUUUAGAAAUGACUCCUCCUGAUGAUCCAAGAAUGAGGGACUACUAUAUAACCAUGGUGAAAUGGGCAACCAGUACCAAAGUUGCAGUCAACUGGCUAAACAGGGCACAAAAUGUCUCUAUCCUGACUCUCUGUGAUGCAACUACAGGAGUCUGCACAAAGAAACAUGAAGAUGAGAGCGAAGCCUGGCUGCACCGACAGAAUGAAGAACCCAUCUUCUCUAGGGAUGGCCGGAAGUUCUUCUUUGUCCGAGCGAUUCCUCAGGGAGGGCGAGGCGAGUUCUACCACAUUGCCAUGUCUUCUUCGCCGCCCAACAGCAGCAAUGAUAAUCUGCAGUCUAUCACAUCAGGUGACUGGGAUGUGACCAAGAUUUUGGGGUAUGAUGAAAAGAGGCAUAUGAUCUACUUCCUCAGCACAGAAGAGUUACCAAGGACACGGCAUUUAUUCAGUGCCAACACUUUGGGGAAUUUCAACAGGCAGUGUCUGUCGUGUUCUUUGGUUAACAACUGCACAUACUUCAGUGUGUCCUUCAGCCACAACAUGGCAUAUUUCAUAUUGACCUGCGAAGGUCCAAGAGUUCCAAUGGUAACGGUUCACAAUACAACAGAUACACAAAAACUCUUUGAGCUGGAGGUAAAUGAAAAAGUGCAGAAGACAGUAGCUGAAAGACAAAUGCCCAAAGCGGAAUACUCAGAAAUCAAGAUCCAUGACUACAAAUUGCCAAUGCAAAUUUUAAAGCCAGCGGUCUUCUCGGAUAACAUGCACUAUCCAUUGCUUCUGGUUGUGGAUGGAACUCCUGGCACUCAGAGUGUGUCCGAAAAGUUUGAGGUGAACUGGGAAAGUGUGAUGGUUAGCUCCCACAGUGCAAUCGUGAUGAAGUUUGAUGGACGCGGAAGUGGAUUUCAAGGGACAAAGCUGUUACAUGAUGUGAAAAGGAGGCUGGGCGUUUACGAAGAAAAGGACCAAAAAGAAGCUGUCCGCAUAAUGCGGGAAAACGCAUUUAUUGAUAAGAGUCGCGUGGCUGUGUUUGGGAAGGAUUAUGGUGGCUACCUGAGCACUUAUAUCCUCCUUUCUGGAGAAGAGAACAAGGACCAAGUCUUCUCAUGUGGUGCUGCUCUUUCUCCAUUGACGGACUUCAGAUUAUAUGCUUCGGCCUUUUCAGAAAGAUACUUGGGAUUACAAGGGACUGACAAUAAAGCAUAUGAGAUCACCAAACUGGCGCACAAAUUGACAUCAAUGAAAGACCAAAAGUUUUUGAUCAUCCACGCAACAGCCGAUGAGAAAAUCCACUUCCAGCACACUGCUGACCUCAUUACGCACCUAAUUAGGGCAAAGGCUAAUUACAGCUUGCAGAUCUACCCCGACGAGGGCCACUACUUCAGCAGUCCAGCCCUGGAGCAGCACUUGUACAAAUCCAUCGUCAACUUCUUUGUGGAAUGUUUCCAAGUCCAGGACAAAGUCCCAGUAGUCGCAACAAAAGAGGACGAGGAUGAGGAUUAACCCUUCGGGCUUGUGCUAUAAAGCACAAGGCAAUUUCUAAUAAUAAUAAUAAUAAUAAUAUGCAACUGAAUCUCUCUCUCUUUUUUUUCCUGGAGAAAGGAGUGUUACGUGAGCAUGUAUUUAAGAGAACUGAAAAGAGGAAGCAGCUCACCUGCUUAUACUGGAUCAUGACUCCUUCCUGGAUGGAAGAACAUUUAAGCAUGAGGAACUCAGCAGAAACUGCUGUUUAAAGCAAACAAAACAGAUCUUAUCACCUUUCUUGCCACGAAGUGACUUUGGGAAUAAGAUGCUUAAUCAGGAAACUGGACUUGGAAAGAGAUUUCCCCCAAAAUGACUAUAAACGCCCUAUUUAUUGGAAGGAUUCCAGCAGUAGCAAUGAAAACCCACCAUCUGUGUAUUAAGGUUCCCUUAUUUAGCCCUCCAUUGUCUCCAACACAACUACCAACCAUGGGAGAAAGAUUAUAGCACAAUUAUUUUUCAAAGGUACUGAUUCAUGUGUUGUUGGCUCAUUGUCUCUGCAUUUUGAAGAAUCGGCCAUUGCUACAGAGCUGCUCAGCUGAGCAGACGUUUUGUUUGUAGAAAGCACUGCUGUUGUUAACACUAACCUUUAAUUACAGUUCAUGUACUGUAUAGUUAUUUCUGUAUAUAGUUUUCACCCGUUGCUCCCUUUUGCUUCAGCUUGUAUUGAUCCUUCAGCAAUGCAGUGUAUUCUGGGCAAGAAGGAGGAAAAAGGCUUCAACACAGCCUACUAGGUGGUGGGAUGCUCCUGCUUUCGACACAUUGCCAAUGUUCUUCUGAAGCACCCAGGAACUCUUCUUGCCGAUUUCUUCAGUGCACUGAUUGCAGCCGUUUUAUUUGAAAUCACCUGGGAUUCAAUCAAUUUCUUUGGUGCCCUGGGGCGCAUACAACGCAGCGUUAGGCAAGAGGCAUCGCCCUACUGGGUGGGCCAGCAACACAACAUCAGUGCAGGGGCACAAGAGUGCUCUUGCACAACUCUGGGAAGUUGCACAAAUGCAAUGUCACAACGGUGAGGCCAUUAUUUCCAUUGGCCGCACAGUCCCACAACUGCAUUUGCAUGGUUUUUCAGCGCCUGUACAAGAACACUCUGGGGCAGCCCAUGCAGUGGCACAGGCAGAGCCUGGCCUCCUGCCUGACGCUGUCCUGAGUGUGGCCCACCGACUGUAACGUACCUGUAUGGAUCUGAAUUACUAACACAACUCAGACAUUUUGUCUUAUGCUUGAAAGAACCCUCUGGUUGUUAUCAGGUGGGGGGCAUGGGGUCAAGGAAAUCUGAUUGACUUUCUUACUCCACACGAUUCAGAAUUCUACUAGGUUUGACCGAACCCCGAGAACUGCCGCUCUGAUGGAAAAGAGCACGUUUGUAGUACUAGUUGUGGACAAAGGGUGGUAAAGAAAAUGGGAGCAAUAUUUCCUAGAACAUAAUCAGGUCUGGGUGUUUGGAGUGAUUCCAGUGGCUUUCCUGCCUCCCCUGAAGACCCCUUUGCUAUAUCUAUGAAUUGCCUUCUUAUUUCCCUUUACAUGUCUUCUCUCCUUACCCUUCUGCACCGCCAGUCUCUGUCAAUGGUAAUAAUCCUAAAACUGCAUAUUUUAUCAUCAUUAUAAUGUGUGCGUCUGCUUUACCAUGAUGAUGAUAAAAUCUGGGUUUUGGGGUUGUAAAUCUGCAUUCCUUUUUUCAUGGAAUUUUAAUCACACCUCUCCACUCAUUGCCUCCCCUACAUCCUGGGGAAAGACCAAUGUGUUCAGGACCGGACCUGCCCCAAACAUUUUGAAUUACUUAAGUGGUUUUGUUUUGGGUGGGAGGGUAUAGCUCCCUGUAAAUUAUUCUGACCAAAUGUACAGCUAGUAUGAAUACUGUAUCAUUCAUUUUGUUGUAUAUAAAAGGAAUGUCUUUGAUUUGUCAAGUUUCUUCUCCUCCCACCAUCCAGUAUUAAGUCUUGUGUUGGGCAUGCAUGCGAUAACAUUCGUUUGCUUCCUAAGACCCCUUAGAGGUUUCCACUUGGACUAUAUCAACUUGUGUGAUUCCUUUUGAUUGUUUUGACAGCUUGAAUGUCAACGCAAAUUUCUACAUUUCUACCAUGUGCUGUUAGUAAAACACAUUCCAGACAGCAACGCAACACUGGUAACUUUGUCAGUGUUCUUCAUUGUGUCUACGUUUUCAGUUGAAUCUGUUGACUGUUGGUGGUAAUUAGAUCAUCCUGGGAGAUACACCAGUAAAUCAAACACAAAAGGGGGGAAAACUCAUGCUGUUUCUUUCCAUUAUAAUUUACCAUGCAUCAGAAUUUGCGUGAACAGGAAUUGCAGAAUAACACUGUUUCCUCAGCCAAAUAGACCAUGAGAAUGCUAAACGUCCAGGUUUCAAGCAUCUUUGGGGCUUGCGAGCCUGAAUCAGAGCAGCUGCUUUGUUCAUACAGUUUUGUAAAGAGAAGAGUGUGGCAUACUAGUGUGUGUUCAUCCAUAAAAUAAAGCAUUAUUUUACCACCCAG